CUAUCGGGGCCACGGUCACUACUACUUAUACAGUCUGUCAUCAAUAACACACACAAAUACAUUUGCCACUGCUGUCAAACGUGCGGCUUGUCAUAAUGUGUUUUAAAUUGUGAAUUUAGUAUUUAUUUAAGAUUAAUGUGAAAAGUGUUGAAAACAUUCAUAAUGAAUAUUAAAGCGGCCCUUGCCAUUGGCAUGGUAUUUGUGGGAUGUUGCUCCAACGUGGUGUUUUUGGAGCUGCUCGUGAAAGAAGAUCCCGGUGCUGGUAAUUUGGCGACGUUCCUCCAAUUCCUGUUUAUAGCCGCCGGCGGAUUUUGUACCGUCGGCAAAUUCGGUACAGCCAAGAGGCAUAUACCAUUCAAGAAGUAUCUAUUACUCGUCGGAUUCUUCUGGACGAGCAGCGUAGCGAAUAAUUAUGCAUUCGAUUUCAAUAUAUCGAUGCCACUCCACAUGAUAUUCCGAGCUGGCUCACUCAUGGCCAACAUGGCAAUGGGUGUUUGGAUAUUGAAGAAGCAGUAUCCAGUUCUGAAGUACUUAGCGAUCUUCAUGAUAUCCGCCGGUAUAGCUAUAUGCACGAUACAAUCCAGCGGAGAGGUGAAGGCGCCGCGAGAGACUCACGAGGACGCCGCUGAGGAAGAAAAGUUAAAGUUCAUUGAUUGGCUGUGGUGGUGCCUGGGGAUAGGGAUUCUAACGUUCGCGUUAUUUAUAUCAGCUCGUAUGGGAAUAUUCCAGGAGUCCCUAUACUCCAAGUUCGGGAAGCAUCCAUGGGAAGCGUUAUACUAUGCUCACUUAUUGCCUCUAGUCAUAUGGUUGCCCACCGCCCCGAACCUGAUAAGCCAUAUCAAGUUGGCUAUGGAUACUCCACUAGUCGAUUUCCUCGGAUUCUCUUUACCCAGACAAGUUCUAUGGCUUAUUUUAUACGUCCUCACUCAAGGACUGUGCAUUAGCGCGGUUUACGUUUUGACUACGGAAUGUGCGUCCCUCGUUGUGACGUUAACGGUCACGUUACGUAAAUUCGUUUCCCUGAUCUUCUCUAUACUGUACUUCAGGAAUCCAUUCACGUUCGGCCAUUGGAUCGGAACACUGCUAGUUUUUAUCGGAACAAUGAUUUUCACUGAGCUAUUGCAAAAGUUCGUAUACCUAUUUAUACCUAAAGAUAAGAAAAAGGUGCAGUAGGAAUAAUGAAAUAGUUAAUUUUAUACUAAUUAACAUUUUCGAGAAUAUAACACAUUUAUACGAAAUAUAUUCAGAUUCAACAUAUUGGAAAUAAUAUGUCGAUAUAUGAAAAUCAAUUACCAGAACAAACUCGCAUUAUGAAUUUAUAUUAAACUGAAUGAUAUAAUUAUAUCUUUUUUUAUUUAUUAUACGUGAAAUCAAAAUUUCGUUGCCGUGUUCCGCGUUCUCAUUGAAGUACAUUGUUAAUAUUAAGAUAACUAAUUAGAGCAAGUAUAGCUGUACUUAGCCGUGACUUGCAUUUAUCAAGUUAACUAUGAAGGUCGUAUAUAAUUUAUAGAUAAUAUAAAUCUAUAAUGAAUUUUGACUUUAAUGGAGGAAAUUCAUUAUUAAUAGAUAAUUUAUAAAAAAAUAUCUGUUUUAAAUGUACAAAUAGAUGCGCAGUUCUUGUUAUGAUUAGAAUGAUAAGCUUCAGAUAAAAGCCCGUUUGAACAUUGGCAGACAAAUGAUGGAUCAUGGCGUUAGGUGGUAAUAAAAUUAAAAAAUAAAAAUGACGCCAACCUGGAGUUGGACAUUGUUGGAGCAAUGGAUGAAUGGAAUUUCGCAUUCAAAACUUGUUUUUGUUUUCUAACACACAAAUGUUUUCAGAUUAUUAUAAAUAUUGUACAUUUUUAUUAUUUAUAUUUUAUACUUUUAUUAUUUUGAAUGAAAUAAAAUUUAUAUAUUUAUUGUUAAAAAAAAUUAUGUUCAUAAAUGAAAAAAAAAAAUGUAAUGUUAUAGCAUUUGUUUUUUACUGACAGUUGUGUGAAAUAAUUGGUUCUGCUUUUUUACAGUAGUGUAAAUAACGCGUCGGUGAAUUGUGUAAUAAAGUUAAUGUGAUGAAUAAAA